AUGUCUCGACCACACAUUUCCAACGUCCUCUUAGUCGAUCAAACGUAUUUCUACAACAAAACUCAAGACGUGGCAAUAUCAAAAUCCAUUUUUGAUGUAAGAUCAAGAAGUCAUUACGAUGAUAGUCAUAUUCGUGCGAGUUUUUCACUCGGAAUGGAAGAAUCGGAAAUGAUUCAAAGUUUGUUGGAACUCGUCAACGGAACAACCACAGCUGAACGAAUGGAUGAAAAUUUAAUUACCAUAAAAUUGAAUACACUAUUCGGAAAGAAUUCCCUGUUUAAAUUGAGAGGAUUAUCCUACAAGACCAUUUUGUUGUAUGGUGAUGAAAUUAAUAAUUGUGGGAACAAGGAUUUGUGUUCCAGUAGUAUGGCAACAAGUAAUGAUGAAUGCGAUACGACUCUUCCACCACCACUUGAAACACCUAUUGAAAAAUUCACACAUGAAGUUCAUCCUAAUUGUGAGCUGUUUUUACCAUCGUGUAUGAAAUUUUCUACUCCGAUUCAAUUGAGUGACAUGAAAAGAUAUCCUGUUCUAUUGUUGAGUGAAUUGUUACGAAGGGAAGGAAAAUUAGAUAAUAUUAUAGUGUUGACAAGUUACAAAUCGUUUUGUGACAAGUAUGGAUUUCUUUUGACAUUGCGAGAAACAGGUAUUGGUUAUCAAGGAAUUUAUCCAUCAGAAAUUAUUGAAAACUUUUUAUAUUUGGGUGAUAAGGAAAGUGCUUCGAGUGAUGUUGAACUCACUGAUUUAGGAAUUACAUAUAUUUUAAAUAUGGCGGAGGAAGUUUCCAAUGAUUUGGAAUUUUUGGAAGUCGCUCCAGGAGUGAAAAAGUAUUCCUAUUUAAAGUUAGGAACUGGUGACACAAUUUCACACAGUAUUUCGAACUUGUUCGAUCAAGCUAACGAAUUUUUACGACAAGCAUAUGAGAGAAACGGUAAAGCCAUUGUAAAUUGUAAUAUGGGAGUGAGCCGAAGCUCUACCACAGUGAUUUCAUACAUCAUGAAAUAUUAUGGAUUGAGUUUUGAACAAGUGUUUCAUCAUGUGAAAAACCAAAGAAGUGUCACUUGCCCGAACGCUUCAUUCCGAGAACAACUCAAGUCGUUUUACAACAGUCAAUAG